CUGCCAAUUUCUAGGUCACCCCGGCUCGGAUAAGAAAACCCUAAUUUCAUGAUCAUUCCAGUCAGCCUUGGGCGCAACCCUAGACUUUUUGGUGCCUUCAAUCGUAAACCCUUACUCAGAGUGUGUGGCGGCCAUAUUGGUCUUCUCCAUAGAGAACUGUGUUUAGGCGUCGAGUAUUGAGCUUGUGGUUCAUGGGAGAGAGUUUACUUUGCACUACUCAGCUUGGAGUUGUACCAAUGUUGUAUCAAUGUUGAUGUGAGUUGAACGGAAGCCGACUCCUGAGGGAACAAACCGUGCUGGUCAGCAGUGAGGGCAGGUGAGGAAUCCGAGGCUGAGUAGCCAUGGCCACGAAAAAUUUCUUUGACUUGCUCGGCGAUGACGAGAAUGAGGACCCAUCUGAGGUGGUGGUGCGGGUGAAUUCUAUCCCCGCGGAGGCCAAGCCUAGCGCUGUUGACAAGAAAAAACCUGCCGCUCCUGCUAAGCUCCCAACCAAGCCCGCUCCUCCCUCUGAAGCUGCUAGAGGCGUCCAAAGAAAUCAGCAUGAAGGAGGUAGAGGUGGCCGGGGAUCAGGGCGCGGCGGUCGUGGUAACUUCAGUGAUCGUGAGGGUGGUGCUCCUCGUGAAGGAGGAUACAGAGAACGCAAUUACAACUCCGAUCGCAGCCUUGGUCAAACCCGUGAUGCUGAUGGUUUCGUAGGAGCUCGAGGCUCAUAUGGAGAUAGGUCUGUGCGCACUGAUAAUGGCGAAGGGCGCUCAUACGAGGGGGGCCGUGGUGGAGGGCGGGGCCCUCGCCGCGGUGGUCGUGGAUACGGUGAAGGAGAUGAACGUCCGCGCAGACGCGAGUUUGAUCGUCACAGUGGAACAGGCAGAGGAAACGAGUUCGAGAAGAGAUCAGGUGCUGGCCGCGGCAACUGGGGAACUGAAGUAGACCCUGCUCUUAUCCAGGAAACUGUAGAGCCCGCCAAAGAAGAUGACAAGCCAGUUGUGGAAGCAGAGGCAGAGAAGAAGCCUGAAGUGGCUGGUGACGCCACAACUGGAGAAGGCGCCGUUGAACCUGUGAAGGAGGAAGAGGAGGACAACGAAAUGACCUUGGAGGAGUAUGAAAAGGUUUUGGCGGAUAAGCGUAAAGCUUUGGAAGAGGCCAAAGCUUCCGAGAGAACGGUCGAAGCAGACAAGGAGUUUGAGAAGAUGCAGCUCGUUUCUAGCAAGAAGCUCGAGGAGGACAUCUUUAUCAAGCUAGGUCAGGAAAAGGAAAAGGUGAAACGGGAAAAUGCUGAGAAGGAGGAGAAACUUCGUAAGCCUGUGAGCAUCAACGAAUUUCUAAAGCCUGCUGAAGGCGAGAAGUCCUACUUUCCUUCAAACCGCGGUCGUGGCGGUCGUGGCGGUCGUGGAGACCGUCGUGAGGGUAGCGGACGCGGUGAUCGCGAAUCUACUCGUGGAAGCUUUGGCGGUGGAAGGUUCGGUGGCAGUCGUGGUCCAGCCGGUGGAAGCGCAUCUGCUCCCAAGAUUGAAGAUCAGUCACAGUUUCCUACUUUAGGGGGCAAGUGAGGGAUACACAUGCUUGGAGGUAGGGAGAAGUAGCAUGGGGUUUAUGUGCAGGAUCGCCACAGAGGUUUGCCGUAAUGACAUGCUGCUUAGGUUUGUUUGGGGAGUCUCGUGUCUGUAACAAAAUGUAGUUUUGCAGUGUCGGGGAAGCUGCUGUUAGAUUCUAAUCCUCUGUCUCUUUUUCUUUCACUUCUGCCUAUCUUCCAAUAGAUCUUGGUUUGUAGAGUUCCGAUUGUGGCCGUAUGCUGUUCCUACAUUGCUAUUCGUUGAUUUCUGGGUUCCAGCCGGUCAAGGAUUGGUAUGAUGUCCCAUGGGGGCUUUCAUCAGAUUUUGGGUACUCACAUAUCUUGUAGUGAGAUUACACAGUUUUAGCGUAGUGAGAGGAACGUCUUUGUCCACGGUGUUCCUGUGCGAUUAUCUGUCGGAAGUUCCAAAUUCUGGUAGUUUAAGGUAGAAUAUCUUUGAAGAGGCACGAGUUGCCAUCAGUUCGUCAGGCAGGUUAUGAUUACAAGGAUGGAGCGAAGUGGUCUUAAGUUUCUCCAUAAUUUCGACAGUGUGACUACCUUAGUAACCUGGAGGUGGACUACAAUAUGUGCUCCUUUUACUUGGAAUUUACUUCAAUGAAUUGUAAACGUGUUCAGUUCAAUCUGAGGCACCAAAUAUCGGCAGUCUCCAAUUUUCAGA